GGUGGCGGGCAAUGGUGCAGGCCACCGGGGCAGCUUCGGGUCCGGCUCCGGGCGCUCCAGCUUCUCCAGCGGGCCGGGCGAGCGCCAGUGCAGCGGCGGGGCGAGUGACACGCAGAGCUGCCACCAUGGUUCAGCAGGUGCUCUACCGGGCUCUGGUGUCCACCAAGUGGCUGGCGGAGUCCAUCCGGAGUGGCAAGCUGGGGCCCGGCCUGCGCGUGCUGGACGCGUCCUGGUACUCACCGGGCACCCGGGAGGCCCGCAAGGAGUACCAAGAGCGCCACGUGCCCGGCGCCUCCUUCUUUGACAUAGAGCAGUGCCGGGACACGGCGUCGCCCUACGAGAUGAUGCUGCCCAGCGAGGCGCACUUCGGGGACUACGUGGGCCGCCUGGGCAUCGGCAACGACACGCACGUGGUGGUGUAUGAUGGUGACCAGCUGGGCAGCUUCUAUGCUCCCCGAGUCUGGUGGAUGUUCCGUGUGUUUGGCCACCGCACGGUGUCAGUGCUGAAUGGUGGCUUCCGGAACUGGCUGAAGGAGGGACACCCGGUGACAUCUGAACCUUCACACCCAGAGCCUGCUGUUUUCAAAGCUACACUGGACCGGUCCUUGCUCAAGACCUAUGAGCAGGUCUUGGAGAAUCUUAAAUCUAAAAGGUUCCAGCUGGUGGAUUCACGGGCCCAAGGGCGGUACCUGGGCACAGAGCCAGAGCCAGAUGCAGUAGGACUGGGCUCGGGCCACAUCCGUGGCUCAGUGAACAUGCCCUUCAUGGACUUUCUGACCAAGGAUGGCUUUGAGAAGAGCCCCGAGGAGCUGUCCGCCAUGUUCCAGGCCAAGCAGGUGGACCUCACCCAGCCCCUCAUGGCCACAUGCCGCAAGGGCGUCACCGCCUGCCACAUCGCCCUGGCUGCCUACCUCUGUGGCAAGCCUGAUGUGGCCGUCUAUGACGGCUCCUGGUCGGAGUGGUUCCGCCGGGCACCCCCGGAAACCCGUGUGUCCCAGGGGAAGGGCGGGAAGGCCUGAGCAGCUCUGUCCUCUGUGCACUGUCUCACCCACCUGCCCCAGGUUAGUGACCCCGGCGUGACCUGCAGCUGGUUCUUAGGCAAAGGAGAUUGACACAUUUUUUAGAAUUUCUGUGCAGAGCUUGCUGUUCCUCAAAGCACUGGAAUAAACUGCCUUUUCUGAGUAGCUCA